AUGGCUUUUUCUGUUCCCUUCCUCUACCACUUCCACCCUUGUUCAGAUAACAGCGGUCAAGCUAGCACCAUGACGUCUCUCUUACCGUUCCAGAAACCAGCUCGCACACCGGUCUACUUCCUCGGAAUCGGUGGACCGAACUUCAUGGAAGAGACAGAUCACCCUGCUUAUGCCCAACUUGUCGCCGUCGGCAGGGAGAUUACAACCAAAGUCAAGCCGAAAGCAGUUGUCGUCUUUUCUGCUCAUUGGCAAGCUGGACCGUCUACAAUUCAGAUCAAUGCUGCUGAAGAGACAGAUCUGAUCUAUGACUUCUACGGCUUUCCGCCUCAUUACUACAAAUACGACUAUCCCAACAAGGGGAGUCCUGAACUUGCUGAAAAGAUCAUCGCAAGGUUACUAGAUGCUGAUAUUGAUGUCGAGAGGGUCGAGAGAGGCCUUGAUCAUGGAGUCUGGGCGGGUUUCAUGGUUGCUUUUGAUCCCAUCAAGAACCCAUUGAAUGUCCCAAUCGUUCAAGUCUCACUCUUUGGGAACGAGGACUGGAAUCAACAUUACCAAAUGGGACAGGCACUUGAAAGUCUUCGAGAUGAAGGGGUUCUCAUCAUUGGUGCCGGAAUGGCAGUCCACAACCUGCAUGACUACAGAGCAAUGAGGGCAUCUGGAAGGACCAUGCCGUACGCGUAUAGCUUUGACGAAGCGCUCAAAGACGCCGUGACGUCGGAUCCAGAUGAGAGGCGGGCAACCAUGUCAGCCUUGAUAAGAGGCAGCGAAGCCAGAGAGGCUCAUCCGACGCUGGAGCACAUUCUUCCCCUCUACGUUGCUGCCGGCGCUGCAGGAUCAGACCGAGGUGAAAGAAUCUGGACUUUACCAGAGAAGAGUUUGAGUUGGGCACAGUAUCGAUUUGGAGCUGUUGAGUAG